AUGGGGAGACCGAGCAAGGGGCGGCAGCGCAUCGAGAUCCGCCGCAUCGAGGAUGCCGGCCGGCUCGAGGUCACCUUCUCCAAGCGCAAGUCCGGCCUGCAAAAGAAGGCCUCCGAGCUCUUCCUGCUCUGCGGCUCGCCAGUCGCCCUCGUCGUGUUCUCCCCGGGCAAAAAGGCGUUCGCUCUGGGCACUCCCUCUGUCGACGACGUCCUUCGCCGCCACGCCCCGGUCCCCGGCGAGGAGCUGGACGCCAAGAUCCUUGCGGUGCUUCAGGACACAGACGAUGCGAGCGCUGUCGCCGACCGCGCGGAGGCAGAGGCCAUUGUGCGGCGAACGGAGGACACCAGGGCGCGUUCGGCGACGGAGAAGGCGCGGAUGGACGCCAUCGGGAAGUCGGUGAGGCAGGCCGCGGCAAAGGCCGGGAGAAAGUUCUGGUGGGAGGCGGACUCAGACGAGCUCGGGGAGGAUGAGCUGCCUGAAUUCGUCAAGGUGCUCCGCAGGCUCAGGGUCAACCUGCAGCGCCAUUUGGACUCGCUGUCGGCCCCUGCUAGGCAGCUGCAGUAG